UCCAACUCGUCCAGAGGAAGUUACAACUCUCCGUCGUCGGGCAGAGACAGUUGGAGCAGUGGAGGGAGUGGUACCCAUAUCCGGUUUAGUGAUGGCAGUGAUAGGAGCAGUGGUGGGGGUCAAACAAAUGAAGGGGGCUCCUGGUCUACCAGUCAGAGUAGUAGGGGUGGCAGAGGUGGUGAUAACAGAAGUCAGAGCAGUUAUAGUAGUGGGUCGCGGCAGUAGCAAGUACGGAGGUGCUGUGACCUACACCAGUAGCAAUCGAGGAGGUGGAUCUGGAGGCUACUCGAGUAGUCGUGGUGGCUACUCUAGUGGUCAGGGUGGCUACUCGAGUAGUCGCGGUGGCUACUCAAGUGGUCAAGGUGGUUACUCAAAUAAUCAAGGCAGCUACUCUAGUGGUCAAAGCAGUUACUCUAGUAGUCAAGGCAAUCCAAGUGGUCAACGUAGUAAGGGGUACGGACAACAGAAUCUGUACCCUCCAGCCCCCGGCUACAGUACCAGCAGUUAUGGCCGGAGAUAAUUAUUACUACUAACAGCUUCAUUAUUUUUUUAUAAUUUUCUAGUACAAAAUACCCUAAAAUAACUGAAAUAUGGUUAUUGUAUUUGAAGAGGAUGAAGAAAUGAAAUUUAUGAAUUACGGUAUUAAAUGAUUUUAUCCACUGAAA